CAGCAGCAGCCCAAGCCAAGUUCAAUGAAGACACUGAGCAUGCCAAGUGGCAAUCCCGACUCCUCUCUGUUGAACCCACUCCCACCAGCCCAUCUCUUCGACUGCAGAAAACGGGCUUUCCGCAGGUCUCGCCGCCGCCUCCUGGCACGGGGCUCUCCACGGAGGGAAAUGCUCACCCUGCCUUGAACUCUUCCUUUGCCUCUGCCUUCGCCCAGGCAGGAAGCCAAGAAACCCGGACAGCUCCAGCCGCUGAAAGAGGAGCUCAUGCCCCACACCGGAGAAGAAAGAAGAGGCAGGUGGAGGGUUAAAGGGAGUGAGCGGAGCCUUCCUAGACAGUCGCUGCAAAGGCUGUGCAACGAGACAGUGACUCCCAGCCACCAUCCCCGCGGAAAGGAGUCUUUGCUUUUGGGGUGUGCGCAGGCAUUGGCCUCGCGCGGGGACCUGGAAGAAGCCUCGAUUGCUAGCUGGAAUCACCUACUUUAUUAAAACACCUUUCUGCUUCGAGAAUGUAAUACCUCAGACUGAAUAAUGUGUUGCCUUCACAGGACGUAAUGGUCCCGUCUCUCUGGACAGUCCUUGCUUUAGGAAAGAAGCUUCCUGAAGAGCAAGGAAACCCGGCAGUCUUGCUAGAAUCUGCCUUGGAGUAGGGAGCAGAGAUGGAAAAGGAACACUCAGCUGGCCCUGAAGCAGGAAGGGACCCUCUUGCCAGGCAGACUAAGAGCAGUGAAGAAUUCUGGGAGAGAACUGUGCAGACGAUGCUGGCAGAGGAGGGCACCAGCUCAGCUGCAAACUGUCAGAGACUCAGACAGUUCUGCUACCAGGAGGGAAAGGGCCCCCGAGAGAUUUGCAGCCAACUCCAUGGCCUUUGCUGUCGGUGGCUGAAGCCAGAAAAGCACACAAAGAUGCAGAUCCUGGACCUGGUGAUCCUGGAGCAGUUCCUGACCAUCCUGCCUCCGGAGAUGGAGAGCUGGGUCAGAGAAUGUGGAGCGGAGACCAGUUCCCAGGCGGUGGCCCUGGCAGAAGGUUUCCUCCUGAGCCAAGCAGAGGAGAAGAAGCAGGAAGAGGAAAAGGAGCCAUCAAAGGUGGACCCUGAUUUCUCCAUGGAAGAGCUGGCUGCAUCAGACCAUAGAGAACGUUCGCUGAAUAGGAGGAUCGUUCAAGAGAGUGAAGGACGUGCCACCUCACUGGGUUGUAAAAUCUCACCCAUUCUUCCACUCGCAUCCAAGCCUUCUACUCUUUUUGGCGGAGCAGAGAUGGUCUCUGUUCAACUGGACCAGGGUCCGGUGGAUGUGAUUGUGAAUUUCACAGAGGAGGAGUGGGCUUUACUGGAUGCAGGCCAAAGAGCUCUGCACAAGGAAAUCACGGAGGAGAUCUGUGGGCAUCUGGCCUCUCUGGGUGAUGGAAGGGAGAGUGAGAAAAAGGAUGAACUGUGGAGGAGGAAAAGGGAAGAAAAAUAUCUGUGGGAGAAGAAAGCUGCUGCUUCUGAAUGCACGGAUGUCCUUGAAAUUCCAGUCCAAACAAAGGAUUGCAAUGGAAACGGGAGGAAUAAAAACUCUCAAUGUGUGAAUCUCAUAAUGAAUAACUCAAGCCUACACACACAUCAAAUAAUUCAUUCAGAUAAGAAAAAAUAUGAAUGCUCAGAAUGCGGAAAAAAAUUCAGUCGGAGGAGAUAUCGUACUUGCCAUCAAAGAAUCCACACAGGGGAGAAACCAUAUCAAUGCUCAGAAUGUGGAAAGAGUUUCCGUUUGAGAAGGGACCUUAUUAAUCAUCAAAGAAUCCACACAGGGGAAAAACCAUAUCCGUGCUUGGUGUGUGGAAAGAGCUUCAGUCAAAAGGCUAACCUUACUUCCCAUCAAAGAAUACACACAGGGGAGAAACCAUAUCAGUGUUCAAUGUGUGGAAAGAGUUUCCAUCAGAAAGGACAUCUUACUUCUCAUCAAAUCAUCCACACAGGGAAGAAACCAUUUGAAUGCUCAGAAUGUGGAAAGAACUUCAUCUACAUCUCACAACUUACUGGCCAUCAAAGAAUCCACACAGGGGAGAAACCAUAUCAAUGUUCAGCGUGUGAAAAGAGCUUUAGGCAGAUGUCACAUCUUACUAAGCAUCAGAGAAUCCACACAGGGGAGAAACCAUAUAAAUGCUCAGAAUGUGGAACAAGCUUCUGUUUGAGAACGAGCCUUAUUAACCAUCAAAGAAUCCACACAGGGGAGAAGCCAUAUCAGUGUUCAAUGUGUGGAAAGAGUUUCCGUCAGCAAGGACAACUUACUUCCCAUCAAAGCAUCCACACGGGGGAGAAACCGUAUCAGUGUUCAAUUUGUGGAAAGAGUUUCCGUCAGCAAGGACAACUAACUUCCCAUCAAAGAAUUCACACAGGGAGAAACCAUAUCAGUGUUCAGAAUGUGGAAAGAACUUCAGGUACAGCUCACAGCUUAUUUACCACCAAAGAAUACACACAUGGGAGAAACCAUACGAAUGCUCAGUAUGUAGAAAAAGCUUCAACUGCAGCUCAGAGCUAAAGAAACAUCAAGGAAUCCAUACAUAGAAGAGAAAAUAACAAUACACAAGAUUCCAUCUGAAAAAAGACUUUACUUCUCAUCAAAGAAUCCACAUGGGAGAGGCUUUGUGUUUAUACAUGUCAAUACUCCAUGUGUGGAAAAAGCUUCAGCCAUAGUUCAAACCUAAAGAUCAAAAAAUCCCCACACAGCAGAUACCAUAUCAGUAGUAGGUAGCAUGUUGUACCUAGACUUUGGAAAGCCAUUUUCAGAGCCCUAUAAGCCAGGAAGUUUGAUGGGUUAGUGUGAGCUGAAAAUAGAAUAUAGUCUUCCGAAAAGCAUGGUUUAAGAUAAGAUGCUUUAAAUGUCUUUGUGCUUUAAAAAUCAUUUAGAUUUCCCAUUGAGAUGUCCACCUUAACUUAGGUACCAUAUAGCUUUUAAUGACUUUGUACAGUCUUGUAUGUUAUACUGACUUUAGAAAUGAGGCAUACUUUGCCUGGGUCAUAUUGGGCUGAAGAGGAAUGUUCCCAGGCAGGAAUCUAAUAGUUCCAGUUUCCCUAAUAACUUGCUAGAGAUACCCCAAUGAAUUUCUACCAGAUGCAUCUCCAAAGUGCCACCUGUAUAGUAGAUAUCCAGCCAGAAAUGCAACAGGAUCCCAUUCCAGCCACAGUCAUUUUAGAGAGAAACACUUGAUGGAUUUUGUCUGAUGCAUCUUUUGAGGAAGGAAAGAUUGCCAGAUUGGGACUCUUUCUUUCUUUGUUGGCUGUCUUUAGCUGCAUUUCUCUGCAUGCCAGUCAAGUACAAGAUGUUGGGGAUCAUUGCUUGGUUGACUCGGAACAUACUGACAUGGUUCCUCCCUCAAGGGGAGCAGAAUCAGUUUUUAAAGUGGUGAUGAAAAUGCUUGCAAAUUACUCUUGCUCCUUUAUUUGGCUGAACUCUGAAUGCACUGGCUGCUGACCUUGUUGCCCGGUGUCUUCUCCUGUCCUUCCCCCCACUUUUUUUGUCAGAGAUGCCACCUCCGUUUGCUUUGUUUCUUAGUGUGAGGUAUAUCUCAUUACUGUAUCAAAUGUCAAUGAGUUCCACAGAUCAAUCAGGAAAAUAAAUGGUAAUGGCUAUCCA